AUGCCGGCCAGGACGAUUGAUUGGCACGAGGGCGAGCUCGCGGUGCACAACCUCCUCAAAGUCCCCACCCGCCCGAACCCUACGUCCGCGGGGCUGCCGGCGUCCUACGGGUACCGCAUCGCCGCGGCGCCGCUGUUGGCCCUCGGCACGCUCGACAACGAGGGCCGCCCGUGGACAACGCUCUGGGGUGGGAACGCGGGGGCUGUUGCGAGGCCUAUUGCGGAGGAUGUGCUUGGUGUGCGGAGCAAGGUUGACGUUGCGGAUGACCCCGUUAUAAGAGCCCUUUGGGGAGGCGAGGAGAGGGAGAUCAAAGAGGGCGAGGUUGUGCAACCGGGGGGAGGAGAGGGGAAGGUUGUCUCCGGGCUGGCUAUUGACUUGAGCACCAGGGAUCGGGUAAAGUUUGGUGGCAAGAUGGUUGCUGGUGCUGUUACGACUGUCAAUGGCAAUGGAGGGGGCGAGUUGCAGAUUGCGGUCAAGGUUGACGAGAGCCUCGGCAACUGCCCAAAGUAUCUCAACAAGAAGGACGUGAGAGAAAGAGAGUCGCUGGUCAAGGGGCGGGUCGAACGGGGACUGCCGUUAUCCGAGGAUGCCGCCGCCGUGGUGACACGGGCUGAUAUGGUCUUCCUAUCCAGCGGCACCGGCGAGACCAUGGAUACAAACCACCGUGGGGGUUCCAAGGGAUUCGUGCGAGUUGCGAGGAACGAUGACGGGGGCGUGGAGAUAAUCUACCCGGAAUUCUCUGGAAACAGGUUAUACCAAACCUUGGGCAACUUGAGAGUCAACCCCCGCGUCGGCGUUGCAAUACCAGACUUUGACACGUCUGACGUCCUUUACAUUACGGGAACGGCGUCGAUCCUCGUGGGACAGGACGCGGCAGCCUACCUGCCACGCACCAAGCUGGCGAUCAAGAUCACCGCGUCUUCGGCCGUCUUUGUCAAGUCUGGUCUGCCCUUCACCGGUGCCCCUCUCGAGCCGUCGCCAUACAACCCGCGCAUUCGCCAUUUGCACACCGAGCAACAUCAGCCAGCAGCAGUAGCGUCAGCUGCAGGCACAGCGACGCUCCUGUCCCGUGAAAUCAUCACACCCACCGUCGCGAAGUUCACGUUUGGGCUGGAGCCGGCCGGGCAGUGGGAGCCUGGGCAGUACGUCACGCUCGACUUUGCCCCGGAGCUGGACGUGGGAUGGAGUCACAUGCGCGACGACGAGCCGCAGAGCCUGAAUGACGACUACGUGCGGACAUUCACGGUGUCGAACCAGCGCGGGGCGGGGCAGACGGUGGAGAUCACGGCGAGGAAGAAGGGGCCCGUGACGGGUUUCCUCUGGAAGUGGAACACGAGGGUACCGCUGGAGAUACCGGUGCUGGGCUUUGGCGGUGAGGAGGCGUUCAGGAUGGGGAGGUCGCCAGGUGCUGAAGAAGAGGUCUUCGUUGCGGCGGGCGUGGGGAUCACGCCGGUGAUGGCCCAGGCAGAGGGGGUACUGCGGUCCGGGCGACGGUUGAAGGUGUUGUGGAGCGUCAAGGGCGAGGACUUGAAGUUUGUCAAGUAUGUUCUUGACCGGAUUCAGGGGCUUGCUGGAGUUACCAGGCUGUUUGUCACGGGGCGGUUGGGAGACUCAGAAGAGAGCUUGAUCGGGGAGAUCAAGGCGGCAGAGGCCUCGGUGGAGAGGAGACGCAUAGAACAGGGUGAUGUAAAGGAAGCUGGUUCUGGAAAGAGGAAGUACUUUCUAUGCACUGGGCCCGCAAUGUUGAAGACGCUGAACGAGUGGUUGGAUGGAGAGGAGGUUGCUUGGGAAGACUUUGCAUACUAG